AUGGAGGCAGCAGUGGUGAGCGUGUCGCGGGGCGCCAUAGGCUUUGUGAUUGCGAAGCUUGGCGAUCUGCUCGCCGGCAAGUACAAGCUGCUCAAGGGAGCCAAAGGAGAGAUCAUGUUCCUUAAAGCUGAGCUCGAGAGCAUGCGAGCAUUCCUGGAGAGGAUGUCGGAGGCGGAGGAGGAGCCCGACAAGCAAGCCAAGUUAUGGGCGAAGGAGGUGUGUGAUUUGUCCUACGACAUCGAGGACAAUGUCGACGAGUUCAUACUCCUGGUGGAAUGUGAGUCUGACUGCGAGCCGCAUGGAUUUAAGGGGUUCAUUCAUAGGAGCAUGAACUUGUUGACAACGAUGAACACUCGGCAUAGGAUCACCAAGGAGUUCAGAGGCCUCAAGAGCCGUGUCGUGGAGGUGAGCGAGCGACGCAUGAGGUACAAGAUUGAUGAUGCUGUCUCCAAGCCAAACAAGACAAUCAUAGACCUUCGCCUUCUGGCACUCUAUGCGGACACUGCAGGCCUUGUGGGUAUCGACGGGCCGAGGGAUGAAUUAAUUCGGCUGAUGACAGGUGAAGAGGGUGGUUCUGCGCAACUGACGAAGGUCCUCUCUAUAGUGGGGUUUGGAGGGCUUGGUAAGACUACACUUGCGAAACAGAUUUACCAGAAGCUAAAGUGGCCGUUCCAGUGUCAAGCUUUUGUUUCCGUGUCCCAGAAACCAAGCAUAAGAACGAUUUUUAGAAGAAUGCUCUCUCAAGUUGGCUAUUUAGCCCCGGAGGGAACCAACCUGGAAAUAUUGGCUGAGGAGGAACUGAUCAGUGAACUCAAAGAAUUCCUUAUAGAUAAGAGGUACUUGAUUGUAAUUGAUGACAUUUGGGAUGAAACCACGUGGAAUGUUAUUAGAUGUGCUCUUCCUGAAAAUAUAGCUUGCUGCUGCAAUCAACAUGACUAUGUUUAUAAGAUGAAGUCACUAAGCAACAAAGAUUCAAGGAAGCUAUUUUUCAAAAGAGUGUUUGGUUCAGAGAAUGCUUGCCCUCUGUAUCUGCAAGAAGUUUCAGCUCAAAUUUUGAAAAGAUGUGGUGGCUUGCCUCUUGCAAUUGUGACUAUAUCUAGCCUUUUGGCUAGUGAGCGAAACAAAUUGAAGGAACAGUGGGUGCAUGUAAUGAAUUCUCUGGGCCCCAAUUUUGAGGUGAAUCCAACAUUGGAAGGAAUGAGGCAAAUACUGAGCCUUAGUUACAUAAAUCUUCCUCAUUAUUUGAAGACAUGCAUGCUAUAUUUGGGUAUGUAUCCAGAGGACUAUAUAAUCUGGAAAAAUGAUUUGGUCAGGGAAUGGGUGGCCCAAGGCUUUGUAAGUAAAGCACAUGGGAAAUAUCCAGAGGACGUUGCGGAGGGCUAUUUUAACGAGCUUGUUAACAGAGGCAUCAUUCAGCCAGUUGAUACCGAUCAUAAUAAUGAAGUGUUAUCUUGCAGACUGCAUGAUAUGAUGCUUGACCUUAUUAUACACAAAGGAAGUACGGCCAGAAAGAUAUCCUUGGCCCCAAGCACCCGAGAGGUUACUUCUGCUGCACACAUAAGUAUUCGCAGGGAUGCCAAGCGACAAAGCAGGACUGGCCUACUUCGGAACACCGAUUUUCGUUAUAUGCCGGCCUCACUUCCGGGGGCGCAAGGGUACCUCCAGGCUAUCUAUGCUGACUCCACACAAGAGGACUCACUUACUCGCACCACUGCUGAGAUGCUCGAGGAUAAAGACCGAGAGAAUCCGGCCUUGAGGUUCACCCCGAGACCAUCCUUUGAGGCACCUCGCCCCAACCAGCAGUAUGCACUGCCCAAGACUUAUGGAGGCCCCGCUGCUAAUGCUGCUCCACGCCCCAAUAUGAUAACUUGCUUCAAGUGUGGAGAGACGGGCCACUACAUCCGUGAGUGUCCCCAGAACAACCCCAGUCAGGUCGGAAAGUCUGUUGGCCAUGGUAAGCCAGCAGGAAAGGUGCUCUAUGCUAAACCAGCUGCCACUGCUCGUGGCCACGUCAAAUAUGUUUCAGCUGAGGAAACCUAUGAGGAUCCCAACGUCGUUCUCGGUUUCUUAGAUUUGGACAGCCUGCAAUGUGGCAUGGCUCGAGCGAUGAGGGCAUCUCAGGUGCUAACUGACAAAUUUUCUCGGCAUCUGUCCACGAACAGAGGAGACCCGUCCAAGGAUACUGAUGCUGGAGCUGUCCAUCCAACAGAACCCGCAUAA